GGUUGGGUGGGAGGGGGGGGGAGAUGGUACCGGUCCGUGUGAUGGUAUUUCAAAGGGUAACGGUAACGCGAGCGUUUACGAUGAAGCGUGAGAUGCAGUGCCGUGCGGCAUCACCGUAGAGAGCAUCAUCAUCAUCAUCAUCAUCAUCACCAUCAAAGAGGGAGAAGAGGAGGAGGAGGAGGACUCUCGAGGCUGAACGUGGAGGAUGCACCAUCACUGACCCACGGAUCGUUACCGGGAGGAGCGCGAACACAUACGUCCCUUACGGCGAACUAAUAUUAGCUCGGUUCGGGAUCCCCAUCUGAUGUGAAGCCGCCGGUAUGGACGGGUAGGCAGAGGAGGAGGCCGGCGACCAUCGGUGCAUAACGGAGGAGAGAGCCCGGGGACGUCGAGGAGUAGCAGGAUGAAUCCAGUGGAUGGAGCAGGAGAACCGGGCCCGGACGGCCUGGCGACGGCAGGGUCCAGUAAAGCAGAGUGCGUCCGGGCAGGUGACGUCCUGACAGUGCUCAGAGAGAAAGUGGCCUUUGUGUCAGGUGGACGAGACAAACGAGGAGGACCAAUCCUCACAUUCCCAGCCAGGACCAACCACGAGCGAAUAAAACAGGAAGAUCUGAGCCGACUGGUCACAUACCUGUCAACAAUACCAAGCGAGGACGUGCGUGCGCGAGGGUUCACAGUGGUGGUGGACAUGCGUGGUAGUAAGUGGGACAGCGUGAAGCCGGUGUUACGUACUUUGCAGGAGUCCUUUUCCUCCAACAUCCACAUAGCACUGCUCAUCAAACCGGAAACCUUUUGGCAGAAACACAAGACCAACCUGGGAAGUGCCAAGCUCAGCUUUGAGACCAGUCUAGUGUCCGUAGAAGGUCUGUCCCGGUUGGUUGACCCUUCUCAAUUAACGUCUGACCUUGGUGGCUCACUGGAGUAUGAUCAUGUGGAGUGGACUGAGUUGCGUCUGGGUCUGGAGGAGUUCUCAGGGGCUGCCACACAACUGCUGAGCCAAUUGGAUCAGCUGGAGGUUGGGCUGACCAGCAUACCGGAACCGCAGGAUGUGGAUGACUCCCGCAAAAUCCUUGAGGAACACAAUCGUCUCCGUAACACCAUCGCCACAGCCCCGAUUGACACCCUCAACCGAGAAGGGAGGAGCUUGCUCCAACGCAUGCGCCUGGGCCCCUCCCAUGGGGACAACUCGAACGAAAGCGGUGGUGGGAGCCAUGGCAGCUGGCUGUCAGGUGGGGCUGACUUCCAAAGUGUGGCGCCAAAGGUCUCCUCGCUACUGGACCGUCUCCAGGUUGCUCGUAGUCACCUGCUGCAGAGCUGGAGCGACACGAAGCUCCACCUAGAGCAGGCGCUGCAGUUACACCUUUUUGAGCAGGACGCCACCAAGAUGUCCGAGUGGAUCGCCCACAGUAAGGAGUUGUUCAUGCAGACUCUGGUGGAGGUCGGUCAGAACCAUCAGCACGCCGUUGACUUGCAAACACAACAUCAGCACUUCACCUCAAAUGUGAUGAACGGUAGUGUGAAUGUCGACAGUGUCGUUACUGUGGCAGCCAGGCUUGCAGAGGCUGGUCACUUUGGUGCAGAAAGGAUUGCCACGGUGUCCUCACAGCUACAAGAAGACUGGAAGUUACUGACCGCAGCACUGGAAGAGCGUAGCAACACAAUAGCCAUGGCAACUGGUUUCCACCAAGGGGCAGAGCAGUUCCUUCACAAAGCAGAGGUGUGGCUUCAGACCUAUACUGAGGCAUCGCUGCCAUUAGCAACGGCUGAGCUAGAGGAAGCUGUGAAAAAACACCAGGAGCUGAAUGAGGAGAUCUCUGCCAACUACACCCAGGUCAGUGAGAGUGGUAAAGCGUUGAUGGAUGUCCUAAACCGCUGCACAGUGACAGACAACAACGACACGCCACCUAAGCCAGACUUCACUGCCACCACACAUGGAAUCAUGGGAGUUCUGCACCAGGUCAUGCAGGGUCACCAUGACCUGGAGAAUGCAUGGCAACACCGCAAGCUACGCCUCCACCAGCGCCUUCAGCUGUGUGUGUUUCAGCAGGACGUCAGACAGGUGUUGGACUGGGUGGAGCAGCACGGCGAAGUAUUCCUCAACAAGCACAGUGGUGUUGGCAAGUCUCUGCACCGAGCGCGAGCUCUUCAGAAACGCCACGACGACUUUCAGCAAGUGGCUCAGAACACUUACACCAACGCAGAGAAGCUUCUGGAAGCAGCUGACCAACUAGCUCAGUCCGGCGAAUGUGAGGAGGAAGAAAUCUACCAGGCGGCCCGAGAAUUGGAGCUCCGCAUGCAGGCGUUCAUUCAGAAGGUGGAACAAAGGAAGAUGCUGCUAGACUUGGCUGUGUCUUUCUACACACACACCAAAGAGCUGUCGUCGUGGAUGGAAGGGCUUCAGAAGCAGCUCUCGGCUGACCUCUGCAUUGGUUCUGAAUCGGUGGAAGCUCUGCAGACACUCAUGAGCCAGCAACAACAGCAGCAGGCCAACACACAGGAGGCUGCAAUGAGUGUCAUCAGAGAAGGGGAAGACCUCAUCCUGCAACUCAGGCCCCAAGGCAGCUCAGUGGCCCAUGUGGAGUCGGUGCUGCAGCAACUGGAGGAGUUUCACGUUCAGCUGGAGGAAGUUUUCCAUCAGAGGAAGAUCCGAUUGGACGUUUACCUGCAAUUGCGUAUUCUACAACAGUGCAUAUUGGAGGUAACCGGUGAGAUGGAUGCCUGGAAGCAGGAGCUGCAAAAACAAUCCCAGGACCUUUCUGCUGAGAAGCGGCUAUCUGAAACAAACCAAGACAAGCAAGCACUCGGGCCAUCACGGCUAGCUGAAGCUAGCCCAGAGGCCCUUACGUUAGCACAGCAACGCAUUCACAGGCACAUGGAACGGAGGCUCGCAGUGAACAACAUGACCUAUGAGGUUGUACAGCAAGGUCACGACCUUCAGCAAUACAUCAGCGAGGUCCAAGCAACAGGAAUUGAGCUGUCAGAGGUGGAGGGCGAUCUCUCUUCUCAGGUGGAGGAGCUGCAACGCGUAAUGCUGGACAAACAGAAGGAACUGCAGCAGAUUGCAGAUCACACUCACACACACCUGGAGCAGAACCUGCAGCUUAGACACCUGCAGAACCAGGUCAAACAGGUGCUCGGUUGGAUCACUGAGGGCGAGGUCAUGUUGUCAUCCUGCAUGCUGAACUCCAGCUGUUUGUCGGAAGCUGAACAGUUGCAGAGGGAACAUGAGCGCCUCCAACAGGCCAUAGAGGCUCUCCUACAUGCUGACUCCCUGCAGAGGACCCACCAGGUGGCGCUGGCUCUACAGCAGAGAGCAGAACUGCUAGUCAGGUCAGGCCACUAUGAUCCAGAUGCAGUGAGGUCCUGUGCACAGACGGUGGCGCUGCAUUGGCAGACACUCAUGCUGCGGAUCGAAGACCGACUCAAACUGGUCAACGCAUCUGCCGCCUUCUACAGAACAUCGCAACAGGUAUGCGGUGUGCUGGAGAGUUUGGAGCAGGAGUACCGCAGGGAGGAGGACUGGUGCGGGGGUGGAGACAGACAGCCUGAGCAUCUCCUGCCUCUCAUUAGCAAACACAUGGAGCAGAAGGAGGCCUUUCUUAAGGCCUGCACGCUUGCAAGAAGGAACGCGGAGGUUUUCCUCAAGUACAUCCACCGCAACAGUGUCACCAUGGCGAAUAUCUCUGGCCACAAUGUCACCGUAUCGGGGGUUACUGAGGUGACUGGGCACUCACGGGUACCAGAACAACAGGUUAAAGGUAUCCUCAGCGAGUUGCUUCAGAGAGAAAAUAGAGUUCUCCAUUUUUGGACAUUAAAGAAGCGCCGACUGGAUCAGUGCCAGCAGUACGUCAUGUUCCAGAACCACGCCCAGCAGGCUCUGGAUUGGUUAGCGCAGUCAGGGGACCACUACCUAGCCACACACACGUCACCAGGGGUAACAGGGACUGAGACGCAGGAGUUACUGAACCAGCACCGACAAUUUUGUGUUUCGGCCAAGCACACCCAGGAAAAGGUUCACUUGCUCAUCCAACUGGCCGAGAGCAUGCUAUCUAAAGGCCACGCCCACCGCCUGGAGCUACGCCGUUGUGUUUCCGCUGUGGAUAAACGGUACCGGGACUUCACUGUCAGAAUGGGCCAGUAUCGUCACCUGCUGGAGACGGCGCUGGGAGGCUGCUCACAGGACAACAAGGACUUGGAACUCGAGUUGAUUCCCAACAGUCUGUCUGACUCAGACCCCGAGGUCAAUUUGUCAGACCCCAGCCACCAGGUCAGCGAUGAGAAGAGACGCUCAGCCCGCAAAAAAGAGUACAUCAUGGCGGAGCUUCUGCAGACGGAAAGAGUCUAUGUCCGAGACCUUCAAGAAUGCAUUGAGACAUACAUGUGGGAGAUGACAAGCGGCUCUGAGGACGUCCCACCCGGUCUUAACAACAGGGAUGAUGUGGUGUUCGGGAACAUCCAGGAUAUCUACGAGUUCCAUAACAGUAUUUUCCUGAAAGAGCUAGAGAAUUAUGAGCAGCUUCCUGAAGAUGUGGGACAUUGUUUCGUCACCUGGGCUGACAAGUUCCACAUGUACGUGACCUACUGCAGGAACAAGCCAGACUCCAGCUUAUUGAUCCAGCAGCACGGUGCUGGCUUCUUUGAGGAGGUCCAGAGGCGACACGGGCUCGCCAACUCCAUCUCGUCAGCGCUCAUCAAACCCGUUCAGAGGAUCACAAAGUAUCAACUGCUCCUAAAGGAGUUGUUGGCGUGCUGUGAAGAAGGAAAGGGUGAGAUCAAGGAAGGCCUGGAUGUGAUGCUGAGUGUUCCCAAGAGAGCUAACGAUGCUAUGCAUGUUAGCAUGCUAGAAGGUCUUGAAGAGGGCUUAGAGGUGCAAGGUGAACUCCUGCUGCAGGACUCCUUUCUCGUUUGGGAACCAAAGUCUCUCAUCAGGAAGGGGCGUGACCGACACCUCUUCCUGUUUGAGCUGUCACUCAUCUUCAGCAAGGAAAUUAAAGAUUCAUCGGGACGAACCAAGUACCUUUACAAGAGCCGCUUGAGGACAUCAGAACUUGGUGUGACUGAACACAUAGAAGGGGAUCCUUGUAAAUUUGCGCUUUGGGUUGGCAGGACGCCAACUUCGGACAACAAGACGGUUCUGAAAGCAUCGUCCUUGGAGGUGAAGCAGGAGUGGGUCCGCAGCAUUCGCCAGGUGAUCCAGGAGAGGCGGGGUCACCUGCGCGGGGCACUGAGAGAGCCCAUCCCCCUUCCGAAAACCCCCAAUCUGACUCUUGGGCGACAACGCAGCAUCACACGCAGAGAGACCAGCGAAGAUGCCGACAGCUUGGGCGACGCCAGCAGUCAGCCCGACACUGUCUCUAUCGCCUCCCGAACAUCCCAAAACACUGCAGACAGCGACAAGCUGUCAGGAGGCUGUGAGUUAGUGGUGGUGCUGCUGGAUUUCUCCUCUGGGUCACCUGGGGAGCUCAGUGUCCGCUGCGGUCAGACUGUGGAGCUAGUGGAGCGCUCGGCCGAGCGAGCCGGCUGGUGUCUGGUCAGAACCACCGAUCAAACUCCACAACAGGAGGGCUUGUUGCCGAUGAGUGCACUGUGCCUGUCACACUCCCACAGUGCGGCCGACAUGGAAACACUGGUCCCGGCGUCCCCUGCCUCCUCAGGCAAUGCCCCGUCCUGUAUCACCACCACCUCCUUCAGUGCCUCCAAUUCAUCCUCGCUGACAAGCUCUGGGAAGGAUUCUGGACCGUUAACCCCUGAGAUAGUUGGGCUGCACGCUCACCCCACUCAAAGUGGGACAUCCACUGUUGUCUCCAAUGUGGGAGGUGCUCCAGGGGGCGCUGCCAGUUCACCAGCACCAAAACGUAGCGGCUCAGGGACAGGAAACACCUUGAAGCGCUGGUUGACCAGUCCCGUUAGGAGGCUGAGUCAAGGAAAAGCAGAUGGCCAGAAGAAGGCUCCAAUCCGAAAUAGGAGGCGAGACAACAGACCAGAUGUGACUAUGCCUCUCACAGGGAACUCAACAAUGAAGGCGAAGAAGGAGGAAGCAGGACAAAGCGGAGGAGAGGAAGAGCCAGAGGAAGAAAGUCACACCCCUUUGCCACCCCCCAUGCAGAUCAUCAAAGAUCCCAACAACACCGCGGCACUAGACUCAGACCAAAGUUCAGAGUCGGACAGUGAGCACACAAACAAAGCUAUGAGAGGACGCAUGUUUGUAGUGAGCGAGAUGGUCCAAUCGGAGAAGGACUACGUGAAGGACUUGGGUGUAAUCAUUGAGGGCUUUAUGUCAAGGUUGGAUGUCAGAGGAAUCCCAGAGGACAUGAGAGGAAAAGACAAGAUCGUUUUUGGCAACAUCCAGCAGAUCUACGACUGGCAUCGCGAUUUCUUCCUGGUCGAGUUGGAGCGUUGCAUUCAAAAUCACGACCUAUUGGCCGACCUCUUCAUCAGACAUGAGCGUCGCCUUCACAUGUACGUGGUUUACUGUCAGAACAAGCCGAGAUCAGAGUACAUCGUCAUCGAGUAUGAGUCCUUCUUUGAGGAGAUCCAGCAUGAGAUCAGCUGCAGGAUGUCCAUCAGUGAUUACCUAAUCAAGCCCAUCCAGAGGAUCACCAAGUAUCAGCUCCUGCUGAAGGAUUUCUUGAAGUACACGGCCAAAGCUGGGCUGGACUGCGAGGAAAUUGAGAAAGCACUGGAGCUGAUGUCGCUGGUCCCGAAGCGCUGCAAUGACAUGAUGAACCUCGGCCGCCUGCAGGGAUAUGAGGGGAAGUUGACCUCUCAGGGUAAGCUGCUGCAACAGGAGACCUUCUGUGUGUGGGAACAGGAUGGCGGAGUUUUGUCUCGGAGCAAAGAGCGCCGGGUUUUCCUGUUCGAGCGGGUCAUUAUCUUCAGCGAACUCCUCCGCAAAGGAUCCAACAACCCCGGAUACCAGUUCAAGAACAGCAUUAAGGUGAGUUACCUGGCCAUGCAGGAGAGCGUGGAGGGAGACCCCUGUAAAUUUAUGCUGUGGUCUCGCGGCUCGGCGGAGCGCUUCACGCUCCAGGCGUCCUCCACCAGCAUCAAGACCACAUGGGUGGAGAACAUUGCCGCCCUGCUAGAUGCUCAGAACAACUUCCUGUCUGCUCUCCAGUCUCCUAUCGAGUACCAGAAAAAGGAAGGUGGGAUAACAAUGACCCGCCCGCUGUCGUCAGGACGAUCACCUUCAGCCCCACCCACACCAAAUGGCCAUGCUCCUCAGCCAUUGCCCGACAGCGAUCAGGACGUCCAGGAGUUGGUGCUGGUUCUUCAGGACUUUGUGGCCGUACGCGAAGACGAGAUCUGCGUGUUCCGAGGAGAGAAGGUUCAAAUUCUGGCCUCCAACCAACAGGGUCAGAGUCUCGUGUACCGACCAGCAAAUAGCGACUCGCCGGCAGCCGAAGGCUGGGUGGCACGCAGCGCACUCGACACACAAUGACACACACACACACACACACACACACACACACACAAAGAAUCCCUGUAGCAGGUAAAGUUAGGCCCGCCCUCCUUCCUGUGGUUUCAGUGUAAAAACACACCUCCAGACAUCAUCCAUUCAGGACUGCCAUCUGAUUGGUCUCCAAGCCGAUCACAGAUGACACCACAAACUUUGCAUCCGGGAACCUGCCGUUGCCUAGCAACUAGACAGUUUUAAAAAAUAAUAAAAAUAAAAAAAGAACCGGAUCUUUUGGAUGUCUCUGCGUGACUCUGCCCCCGUCAUGACGAGGAUGCACAUACUGUAUAGUGUACUGCAUACAUGCCACUGACUGGAUGAAGAUUAUGAUGAUGGAUAUGAAGAUUAAUGGAAUCUGUUUUUCACCUUAAUAGAGAAACUGUUUGUCAUAUUCGUGUGUGUGAGAGAGGGAGUGUAUGUGUCAGUGUGCGUCUUAGUGGCGUCUUUCUGUGUAGGUUUUUAUCCACUGAUCGUUAGGUGAUGCCCCACUAUAGCAUUGCCAUCACAACCAAGUUGUGUUGGCGGUUAAACCUUUAUUUCAUGAUUUUUGUUUUGUUCUGGCACACCAGAAUAGACCUUUUCAUCAUGUUGUCACACAUACAAGGGUGGCAAGAGACAGCGCAAUCUCCGACGGCACCACUAGUACACAUAUGCUUAAGUGUGCCGCACUCUGGAGCUAUCUGGUGAACAGUCAUUUUGAGACCAUUUGCUCAGCAGGUUUCUCUUAAUGUGUGUGUGUGACAGUGUGUAAUUUUCAGUGAGUUUUCUGCCUCAUGAGGCCUUGAGACAAAAAUCUGAGAUGUUUGAUAUUUUUCACCUCGCUGGGUGAAAAACUCACUGUGUGAACGCUGCUCGAGCAAAAAUGUAGGUGACCAAUCAAAACGCAUAGUCCUGUCACAUGAUUUCAAGAUGGCGGCACCCAGCCCUCGCUGGAGUGGUUCGCAGUCGAGUGUGAAGUGGCACCUCCAAUUCUGAGACCAUGCUUCUCAGUCGAAUGAGGGUGGAGUGCCCUUUUCAGGUCUGAAAUGACGUUCUACCCCAAGUAGAGGAGUUGAAGUAGCUUGGGUUCUUGUUCACAAGUAAGCUAAGAAUGGGAGAUCAACUGGCAGAUCGGCGCAGCAUCUGAAGUGAUGGGGACUCUGCAUUGGUCUGCCGCAGAAGGAGCUGACCCGAAAAGCAAAGCUCUCGAUUUACCACCCUCACUCAUGGUAAGGAGCUGCGAGUUGUAACUGAAAGAACAAGAUCACGGAUAUAAAUGACUGAUAUGAGUUUUGGGAGGGGCUUGGUGUAGAGCCGCUGCUCCUCCGCAUUGACAGGAGCCAGUUGAGGUGGCUCGGGCAUCUGCUUAGGAUGCCACCUAGACGAGGUGUUCUGGGAACAUUCCACUGGGAGAAGGCCCAGAGUAAGACCCAGAACACACUUGAGAGACUGUCUAUUGGUCUUUCUUGGAACAUCUCGGAAAGAGCCGGAAGAGCUGGACGAAGUGGCUGGGGAAAAGGAAGUCCGGGUUUCUCUGGUUAGGUUGCUGCCCCCGUGACCCUUUUCAGCUUCCAGAAGCUGUUGCGGAGCUCUCUGUAAACCCCGCCUGCCCGUAACUUUCAGCUGUCAAUCAAAUAUGUGCCUUCUCUCACAGCUCUGAAGCGGGGAGAGGAGAAUUCCCAGCGAUGCGCAUCGCACACACACGCGGACUGCAGAACCACUGUGUGGCGACAACGCAGCCUCUGAGCCCCAUGCUGGGACAAUUUUCCCUCGUUUGCCUUUGUUUAAAUUCACCUGACAUUGUGCUGCUGUGGCCACCAAAGGGUGCAUGUGCGACGACAGCAGUGUGGUGCACAGCGGACCCCUCGGUGAUUCCGACCCCCAUCUUUCCUCGCCCCACGCCGUCAGGUCCACCAACUGUGUGGCUGACAACCCUAACGCUGUUGUGCGGGACCUCUAGCGAUUACGCUUAACGGCUGGCAAGGGGCCACAGGAUGGCGGAUCCUGUCCGGUUCGCCACUGCCUUGCAACGCAACGUACGUGGGAUCAGACGGCACAGACAUCAUAGCCCAAACAACACAAAACACAAACUGUAGGGAAGAUAGUCAUAGUUUGAUGGCUAACUGCGCAUGAUAUACUGGUAGAACUGGGGCAAGUUAAUGACUAAGGAAGUGGCAAUUCCACCGAAUGGCCACUGCAUUUAAUAAGGGUGCUUGUUGUUUAUUGUGGAGGAGGGAACUCUUGCCAGAAAUUAUACACCCCUCAGCCAGCUUUCAUCGAAAAUUCUGGCCAAUUGAGGUGAUAGAGUUUUAAACUAUACCUCAACAAUUCAUUACUAUACUGUUCUCAGUCUUUGCACAUUUUCAGCAUUUCAAACAUAUGUAAUGUAUUUAGUAACAAAACAUGACAAUGACUUUGGAGGGGACUUUAAUGAAACUGAAAACACUGAUGAAAUUAUGUUACUCAUUUUUAUUGAUGAGCCGUCACCAUCCUGAAGUACCUGUAUGAAGGAGAAUGUGGACGAAGCCAUGUGUACAGAGAAGGGCUGGGCGUGGCGUAUAUGCCAACCUUCUUCACAAGUUACGCCUCGGAGACCCUAAAUCCUUUUGGCAGUAUAGCUGACUGAGUAGCGAAAGUUUGAGAGAGUACUGGAAAUGGUGGGCUGCCUGAUGGCAGUCAUCACUUUUUGAAAUCGAAAGAUCCUCCAUCAUAUAAGCAGGUAUAAUCUGGCCGCUUACUGACCAAUUUAUCCUGAUCUUGAAGAUGUAGUUGCUGAAAACAUUUCUGGGGCCCACCAUCUUGAAAUCGGGUGAACCGAGGAUGCAUUUUGAUUGGCUACCUGUAUUUCUGCCCUCAGCAUGCAGCUCAAAUAGCGCUCACAAUGGUGAUUUUUUUUUUUUUUU